AUGGCAUCGUUUCAGUUACUAACAUCUUUUCUUCUGGUGUUCUUGCUUUCUGUGUCUCUUGCCAAGAAGGAAGACGAACAACGUGAUGCAGGAACGAAAGCAGAGUCAACCGGAGAAACAGGGUUGCCUAUGCCCGAACCCGCAACGACAACGGAUCCAUGCAUAGAUGCGGUGGAUGAAUACCAAUGCAGAAUUACGAAGGAGCCCACAACUACAGACGAACCCCCAAUGACGGCAAGGCCAUGUGGCUGUGGAUGUUCAUCAAGUCCUUGUGGAUGUGGUGGCGGAGUGUAUGGUAAUUGGUAUCGACUAAGACCUGGAUGCUGUUAUUCAGUAAGACUAAAUGGACCAAGUCCAUAUGGAUGUCCACGUUACGGAGCUUAUAUGCCGUAUCGAAACUAUGGAUUUCCUGCAUAUUUUUCACGCUUCUACUAA